GAGAGUAGUUUGUUGGAGGUGAUUUUUUUUGGAAAAGGUCAAUUAUCUUUGUAUGUUUUUGUGGAAUAGCAAGAAAACUGUCUAUUAGUUCCUUUACCAAAAAGAAACUUGAAGCUCCGGAAGGCAGUAAUGGACCAUAUAUCGGAUUCAUUCCUGGAGACCAACGUGCCGUUGCUGGUUCUCAUCGAGGCCGCCAAAAGCGGCAAUGAGAAAGAAGUGAAGGAGUACGCGCAGGUCUUCCGUGAGCAUGCCAACAAGCUCGUUGAGGUUGCAAAUCUGGCCUGUUCUAUCUCAAAUAAUGAAGAAGGUGUGAAGCUAGUGCGUAUGGCAGCAACACAGAUUGAUAGUCUGUGCCCACAGGUAAUAAAUGCUGCGCUGACGUUGGCUGCCAGACCUCAGAGCAAAGUAGCACAGGACAACAUGGAUGUCUUUAAGGAUCAGUGGGAGAAACAAGUGCGAGUUCUCACUGAAGCAGUUGAUGACAUCACUUCAGUGGAUGAUUUCCUCUCUGUUUCAGAUUUUCAGAAGCUGAAAUUGAUUCUCACUCCAAUCAUGGGAUUUGGAUUUCUCAAGAACUUUUGA